AUGAGUGGGACAGCUGGCACCAGCAAGGCUCCGAGCCCUCUGGGCAAUGAUGGCGUCGAUCGGGAGAUCGGCGGGUGGGAAAUGGCUGAGACCGAUCCGACUGGCAGUGUAGUGACCACUACCGCCCAAUUCUUGAAUAGCGUGAACCAGGGCGAACACUCGAAUCUUAACGACUUGCGUCAGGGACAAAGAUUCGGCGGUGAGCUUGACUAUUCCGAAAACGAACUUAAUGAUAUUUUCAGCAACAUCGCCUAUCUCCAGCCAGACGAUAUGGAGACGAACGUUUUCGUGGGUGCCGCAAAUCGAGCUGUCCUCGAUGCCGAGGCCUUUGACUCGAUGACCGAGCCAGCAAAUUCUAUGUCGGACGACAUAGGCGACAUCGCGGCAUCUCAACCUCCAUCUGCCGAUGUUCAGUCGGCGUUCAUGGCUUUCGAUCAUGCACGCACCUCGUCUUCCUCGUCGUCACACCAAAGCUCCGAUACCUCGGCUAGUGACGCUUUUAUCGCAACAGAUUUCGACGGAGCCAGAUCGAGGACAGAUCCAUCAACUUGCCAAUGUCGAGGAUCCAUCCUCCGCGUUCUUGCUGAGAUUGAGUCGAACAUUUUAUCCGCCAGUCCCAGCAACAUGUACGCUAUUUUGUCAUAUCUCCGUCAGACAACGGCAGCAAGCAACGACAUCUUGACAUGUCGCAUCUGCAACUGCAGAUUAAAGUUCUUCGGACUUCUUGGGAUCAUUGGCGAGAAGAUCACCAGCCUCUCGGGGGCAAUAAUCACCGCAUUCGUCUGCCGCCUGAAGGAGCAAAAUGAGUCUGUGGAUUUCGGCAAGUCCGAUUCUCCUGACAAGCGUCUUGAUCCCAACAGGGCAAUACAAUUGUGCGAGUUUCAAGUCCAGUCUCUGCAGGAAUUCAAAGUCGUAUCAGCUGCCGUUAUUAAGUUGCAGUUGAAGUAUUCUGUGGCCUUUGUCUCUCGCACUCGUGAGCUUGCGAUAUCCAUGAAUCAUCUUGCACAAGCUCAGAGCCUUGAGAAGCUUGAAAGCAGGCUGAACGAGCUCGUCAUCAAGAUGCAACGAAUGGUCUCGGAAGUAGACUCAGACCUUUGUGAUAUAUGA